AAGGGGAGGUACGGCACAUUUCUGACUGUGUUGGUGGGUGUGUAUAUUUUUAUAUACAUUUAAAGGAAAGAGAGUGUUUUACGCUUGCCGUACUUUCCAGUCCGCGUGUCACCAUUUCCUCUAAAAACGAGCCGGACUUCUUAGCGCGAGCUUCCCGUGUGCUCCACACCAAGCGAAUAAUUGGCGCGGUCGUGGGCAUCGUCAUGAUCGUAGCGCUGGUCAUCGCAAUUCCGCUUCUGGUCCAGACCUCAGUGGUUUCAGCGCACUACGAAAUGAUGGGCACUUGUCGGAUGAUCUGUGAUCCGUACAAUCCCAAAGCGAGUGCCACGGCGCUGGAGGUGAUGCAGGAUCUCAGUGCCAUUCCACCAUCUUUCACUCAAGGGACUAGAGGGGAACCGGGGCGUCCGGGCAAACCGGGUCCCAGGGGUCCACCUGGCGAACCGGGUCCACCUGGUCCAAGGGGACCACCUGGAGACUCCGGCAGACCUGGAUUUACCGGCAUCACAUCGGGAACGGCGAGGACUGAGACAGGAGACGUUGGUCCAGCGUUGGGGAACAUCAAGAUCGCUUUUUAUGUGGGUCUCAAGAACCCUCACGAAGGCUACGAGGUGCUCCGCUUUGAUGAUGUUGUGACAAAUGUGGGAAAUCACUAUGAUCCCACUACCGGCAAGUUUACGUGCCAGGUAUCGGGAAUUUACUACUUCACCUACCAUGUGCUGAUGCGCGGAGGGGACGGAACAAGCAUGUGGGCAGACCUCUGUAAAAACGGACAGGUUCGGGCGAGUGCCAUCGCGCAAGACGCCGAUCAGAACUACGACUACGCGAGCAACAGUGCUGUGCUGCACCUGGACUCUGGCGACGAGAUUUAUGUCAAACUCGACGGCGGAAAGGCGCACGGAGGAAACAACAACAAAUACAGUACAUUUUCUGGUUUCAUUCUGUAUCCAGACUGAGCUGCCACCUGCUUCGUUUCAAUCUGACUGUUGAUGAAUCUCCUCUCUCCGCGCGGCACACUCUCUCGGCACUUCAUUGUCAUUCUUGUCCGUAGUGUCGAUGGGAAUAGAAGGGUCAUCUGAUCUCAGCACCAGUGUGAGAAUAUGUUGUCUGAAUUUGUCCCUUUCUGUUUAAUGAUGUCUUGUGUUUGGCUAUUAUACCCAAUUAAAUGAAACGCGUUAAUCAUGCACAAGGAUGGUAAUCAGGAUACAACACUUUAAUGAGUGUUAGCAUAUCUGUAUUGUUCUCUGGGUGAUUUUUGCUCAAAUGAAAUUAUUUUCCUGCAUUUAUGAGCCCCUAGUGGCCCCUAGUGUGAUGCAAUUUCUGGUGUUAGCUAAAUGGGUUUCAUGUGGACAUGGACAAGCAUAUUUUGCUCUAAAUCUGGACAAGUGUAAACAAAAAGAUUUUAAGCAUUGAAAAAAAAAAAAACUAAACUA